AUGGCUUCCCUGCUCAUACCGCUGCUGGGCCGCGUGGCGGCCAAGGCCGGGGACGCGCUGGUGGCCGAGCUGCUGCGGGCGUGGGGGCUGGACAAGGCCCGCCGGAAACUGGAGCGCCACCUCGCCGCCGUCCAGUGCGUCCUGCUGGACGCCGACGCCAAGAGCCGCACAAACCCGGCCGUCCGCCAUUGGGUCAAGGACCUCAAGACCGCCGCCUACCAGGCCGACGACGUCCUCGACGGCUUCCGCUACGAGGCGCUGCGCCGCCGUGCCGCCCAGAUACGCCCCAGCUCCACGGCACACAAGAUGCUGAGCUACUUCACUGUCAAUAGCCCGGUUGUUUUCCGUCUCUCAAUGAGCAAGAAGAUGAAGAAUUGCCUUGAUAUGAUAGAUGAGCUGGUUGUGGAGAUGAACAAUUUCCACUUCCUACAACACGCCGAUGCACCAAGCAUUGUUCACCCGCAAACACACUCUCAUGUUGAUGAACUAGAGGUUGUUGGCAGACAAGAUGAGAAGGAACGGGUGGUCAAGAUAUUGCUACAUCACUCUCGCAACAACAAUAGUGAUAACAAUGUCAUGGUGCUCCCCAUAGUUGGUAUGGGGGGAAUUGGUAAGACCACCCUUGCUCAACUUGUGCACAAUGACCAAAGGGUUGUGCAUCACUUUGAGUUGGUCUUAUGGGUAUGCAUCUCUGACAGGUUUGUUAUUGAAGAAAUAAUACGAUCUAUAAUAGAAGUCGCCACGAUGACCAAAUGUGAUUCCACUAAGAUGGAGGCACUGCGGAAGCAACUUGGUGAAGUGUUGGGCAGGAGAAGGUACCUCAUAAUUUUGGAUGAUGUUUGGAAUGAAGAUAGACAGAAGUGGGAUGAUAUGAGAUCAUUGUUGUGCUCACAUGCUGGCUCAGGUAGUGCCAUAAUUGUGACAAGUCGCAGCGAUCAAGUUGCUUCUAUCAUGGGCACACUUCCUCCACGCCAGAUAUCACUUCUAGAUGAGGAUCAAUCAUGGGAGCUUUUUCAUAGAAACACAUUUGGAAGAGGAGUGGAAAAGCAAGAGGAAUUGAUUUUAACGGCUAAGAAUAUUGUCCAUAAGUGUAAGGGAUUGCCUCUUGCUAUCAAAACAAUGGCAGCUUUACUUCUCUCAAAGGAUCACAGUCAGUGGUUUUCUGUUCUGGAUAGUGAUGUCUGGAAAAAUGAUAUUCUCACAACUAGGAUUGUACCUGCGCUACAACUGAGCUAUGAUCACUUGAAAUCAGAAGAAAAAAUAUGCUUUUCCUUUUGUGCUAUUUUCCCCAAGGGUAGCAUCAUGGAUAAAGACAUGUUAAUCCACCUAUGGAUGGCAAAUGAUUUUGUUCCAUCAGAAACAAGAGGCCAACAAAUUUUUGAUCUACUAGUUUGGAGAUGUUUCAUUCAAGAUGGUGAUAUUCAAAAUAAUCUGCUCUCCGGAUUUCGAGAUGAAUAUAAUGAGUUCAUCUACAUGCCAACCACUUACAAGAUGCAUGAUCUCAUGCAUGAUCUUGCUGACUCCAUAAGCGGAAAUGAUUGCUCCAUUCUGCAAGAAUCUUCAUCACAUCAGGAGAUUCUGCAAGGAUCCACAGCUGCUAGACCAUUACAGCAUGAGGCUCAACAUUUGUCACUUCAUUAUGUCAGUAAUCAAGCUAUUGCAACCAUGGAGGAAAUUCUAGCUAUCCGGGCCCGCACGAUAUUAGUCCAAAGUGAGUGGCUUCCUUGUGAUGAAGACAAGUUUCUGAGUAUGACUAAGUCAAAAUUUAUGUCCUUGCGAGCACUGAAGACAUUCUCAACGGAGGGACAUAUGAAAAACUUGAAGCAUCUUCGCUAUCUAGAUUUUUCUCACUCUAGUAUACAUGCACUGCCUGAAGCCAUUACCAUACUGUAUGGCUUGCAAACAUUGAAGCUCAUUAGUUGUAGACACCUGAAGAAAUUACCAGAAGGCGGCAUGAAAUAUAUGAGAAGUCUUCGACACAUCUUCCUUGUUGGGUGUACAAGAUUGGAGCGCAUGCCAGAGGGUAUUGGCCAGCUGAAUUCUCUAUAG